CCCGCAGGUAACCCAAUCCCCGGGCAGAUUCCAGAUCUCUCUGUGCGGGGCUCCACCCACCAGGUGAUCCGUCACCGCAGGGCCCCCAGAUCCCCCUUUCAGAACUUUUCCACUCUGCUCCCCCCACCCUCCAUCUGUGAGACAAAUAUUUUCCUACAGCGAGCAGCUCCAGAAUCCUAAACUCGCUCUGGAUAAUUAUCACUUUCUUAGAUUUCAACAAAUGGCUUCGUGUGAAACCCCAGCCAUCCCCUCCCUUUGAGAAAAUCCGAAUUCUCUUCUCCCUGCCUCCCUGGAGACGGGCUGCAGCCCAGCUAGGUCUGUUGGUUAAAGGUGGAGGAAGUUGAAUCUACCCAGACUGCCCUUCCCAACUCCUGUGUGCCCUCUGGUGUCUGGGGAGGAGGGGUGGGGAAAGCCUGGGCCGGCUGGGGAGAGGGCUCUGCAAAGAGAUGGAGGUUAGUCAAGGACCCAGCCACUGGGAAGCCACCUGGAAACCCUGGAGCCAUCCAUUUCUGAACUGAACAGAGAGACCCCAGCUGGAAUGAGCAGAGGGCACCCUGUGUGGGGCCGGGGGCUGUAGAAAUGAGUCAGGAACUAGGAAGGGGCUGGAAUGCAGCGAGGAAAGCAGGGAUUUCCAUCCUUCCUUACCAUUAGUUCUGCUUGCAGUCUGACCACAGUAUUUCUUGUAAUCAUGUCAGCCUUUCUUGCCCUACCCUUGUUGAAAUGAAAGAUCCAGGACUUCCCUGGUGGUCCAAUGGGGACCCCGCACUCCCAGUGCAGGGGGCCUGGGUUUGAUCCCUGGUCGGAGAACUAGAUCCCGCAUGCAUGCCUCAUGCUGCAGCCAGGAUCCCGCGUGCCACCAAGAUCCUGCCAAAGGAUAACAGUUUUCCCUUCAGAAAGCCUAGAUGCCAUUCCAUCCCCCAACUUCUCUGGAUUCUGGCCCCUCUCCCCAGUGGAGGAGGCAGUGGCCUGGCACACCCCCAGGCCCCAGCUGGAGGAUAAGAUCCCAAACCCAACCCUGUUGUCUGUCUUCAGUCUGUUUGUCCUCCCUGCGGGGUCUCUCAGAGCCACGUGCCCUCCUCAGGGCUUGCUGUGGGGCAGAUUGAAAACAGACCCAUUAGACAAACACAGUCCUGAGUCAGCCAACGUUGGCUGAGCCUGGCCCCAGCACCACAGGUACCAGAAGCGGGCUGGAGGGGUGUCUCCUCUGGACCUAGCCUUGCUUCCGCAGGAAUCUCAGUCCCUUCUCACCCCUCUUUGUCCUAUGCAAGAGUCUCUCUCCCGGGGAGGGAUGCUCAGGUAUUUGGGGGAUACCCGUCCCAUCCAGUAUGAUGGUUAGGACACAUAGCUAGCAGCUCCUGUUCCUAUAACGGGAAAGAUGGAUAACAGGAUGGACUUCCCGGGUAGCACCAGAGAGUGAAGUAGUCUUUUUGUCCAAGGAGGUGGAGUGGGAUAUGUCUCUUUUACCAAGUCAAUUAGUCCUGGGAACCUCAGUCAUUUCUCCCUGGACCCAAGAGAUUGGCAGCCAAGAAGUGGGCUCCUGGGGCUCCUGAGGGACAGGGCUUCCUCCCACUCCCUUCUGUCUGGAAUAGAGUGGGUCUGCUCUGGUGCCGAGGGGAAAGGGGAUUUGUUUCUUCUCUAGGGACCCAGGUCUGGAGGAGGGCCAGGGGGUCUGGACCGCAUUGGGAGGUAGGGAAUCCCACUUGCCUGGCCCAGCCCAGCUUGGCCCCCAUCCCACCCAUUGCUUCCCUGAAGCAUUCUGCUCCAGUUCAGGGCAGGAGGCCAGGCCAGGUGAAGGGUGUAGAGCUUGGACCUGGGCCCUGACUAGAGGUGCCUCCCUGCCUGCUUGACUUCCUGCCAGAGGGCUGCUCUCUCUGGCUCCUCCACUCCUUUGAAAUAACUAGGGAAUAGAGAGAAGGGGUCCAAUCUGGGAAAGGAUAGGGGGACAGGCACAGCGACUCUGAAUCCACAGAGGCUGAAUGAGAAGACCUGACCCCUGAAGUUGGGUGGGUGUUCCUGGAGUCGGGCCCACAUCAGGGGAGGGGAGGGGAGUGUCCCUUUCUGUUCCAGGAGGGCAGGUGGGCAGGAGUCCGAUGCAGGGAACUUUGUCUGAGCCCCAACUCUGGCUUUUUCUUUGCCUUCCUUUUAUCAGUGAAAAUAACAACAACAAUAAGAGUAGCUAUUGUUUCCUGAAAACAUAUAGAUGUGCCUGGCACUGCGUGUGCUAGGGCCUAAACACACAUCAUCCCAUGUGAUAGGCUCUUGAAGAAGUUACUGUCUCCAUUUUACAGUUGUGGAAUCUAAGGCUCAGAGAGGUUAAGCCAUUUGCCCAGGGUCACCCAGCCUGCAAGGGAGGGUGAGCCAGGUGGAAAUCAUGGCCUAAUGGAUCUUAUUUCACAGCCGGUGAUGUCCCCAGGCUUCUGACCAUUCUGUAGGGGGAAACAGCUGUCCCACCUCUUCCCCUGCUGAGAAUCCCUGCUUCUUCUCAUCCUGGGGAGGGACAGAGGCUCAGCAAAUAAAGGUCACAAGACAGGGGAGGGGAGUGGGCAGAGAGGGAAGUGGCCCCUACUCCAGGACGUGAGUAGUGAGGCCUGGCGGGGGAAGGCCUGCCCUGCACGUGGGCGGGGGUGCAGACGCAGUGACUCUGAUGAGCCCACCCCAGCAGAUGGUCUCCAGCAGGAUGGACAAAGGACCAAAAGUGAGGUGAAUUGAGCCAAGGGGUGAACGUGAUGCUGAGGAAGAUCGCCGUGGCUGCAGCAUCCAAGCCAGCAGUGGAGAUCAAACAGGAGGGAGACACUUUCUACAUCAAAACCUCUACCACCGUGCGUACCACAGAGAUCAACUUCAAUAUUGGAGAAGAGUUUGAGGAGCAGACUGUGGACGGGAGACCCUGUAAGAGCCUGGUAAAAUGGGAGAGUGAGAACAAAAUGGUCUGCGAGCAGAGGCUUUUGAAGGGAGAGGGUCCCAAGACCUCCUGGACCAGAGAACUGACCAAUGACGGAGAGCUGAUCCUGACCAUGACGGCGGACGACAUCGUGUGCACCAGGGUCUAUGUCCGAGAGUGAGUGGCUGUGGCCCAAGAGCCUCCAGAGCCUGCCACCAGCCCAUGCUUCCUGCUUCACUGCCCCAUGGGCUGCCCCUCCCCCAUUCCUUCCUUCUAGGCUAGCUCUCCCCUCACCCCAGUCACUUCUGGGGGUGCUAGGAUGCCUCCUGCAGGGGCUCUGCUUUUUUUGGCCCCUCCUCUCCUCCCAUACACCAACAAAGUGGGAUGGAUGGCAGGACCCCAGAUCACCCGUUCCAGAAUCACUGCCCCCAUCCCAACUCAGCAGUCCCAGCCCCAAGCCAGCCCAGAGCACCGUCUCUCUCUUUUUCUGCAAGGGGACCUGAGGGCCCGACUGGGAAGACCGGCCCUCUGUCUUCCACUCUUUGUCCCUGUAGCCCAUACAGUGUAGAAUAUUUAUUGGUUAAUUUUAUUAAAAUGUUUUAGAAAAUAAAA